GGUAUUUUAUAAUACAUGUACAUAAACAUAUUUGGCAUACUGGAUUUUAUUUAUCAAGAACAAUAGAUAUACUCACGUGACUGAAAGCCAAACGCCGAUGGAGAAAAGCCUGAGCUAACGAAAAAAUAUUUUCGGAUAAUGAAUUAUGAAUGCAUUUUCAUUUCCUGUGAAUAAAUAUUUAUUGGAAAUUCCCUCCGCCAUUUUCUCUGCAUAAUUUUUGUUGCUGCUAACACUGGCCUCUCAGUUCUGUUCUGCAUUUUUUCGUUCAUUCAUAGUGAAGAUUGUUUAUCUCCGUAAAUCAAUUUCAGGGCAUGAGAUAUGUACAGUGUAUCAUAUACAAGGACUAUGCCCAAUGUUUCACCGACCAACAUCUCGCUGCCUAAUUUCUCUUUGAGAAAUUCAUGGCAUUUGCUUCAUGCACCCAUUAAACGAUCUUUCCAAGAUCCAUGGAGCACCUUGAAGAACAGUUGGAGUUUUAUAUCAUUUAUUUCCAAAAAGAAGGCAAUAUACAAUUACAGUAGCAGGUAUAGAAGGGGACAAUUGAAGAUAUUUAGUGUUCAAAGGGACUCUUCAGAAGUUGAUGCUUACAUGUACACUUUUCUCGAUUAUGAGUCUUCUGUAAAAAAGGAGAAAGGCGAAUUGGAGACGUAUGGGAGAAGCUCCUCAAGUUUGAUGGAAUCAGUGUACCUCUUUCACACAGAUGCUGGAGGACAGGUGAAAGCAUUUGUUAACAAAGAAAAUAUGAUGUACAAAGUAACAAUUGAAGUUUCAUCCUUGCCCACAAGAUUUGGGGAUCUGGAGCAUGGCCUAAGAUUGCAUUGGGGCUUGUUUCGGUCAGACUCUUUGCAAUGGGUAGUUCUGGAUUCUGCAAGCACACUUGAAGGCACUACCUCUGGAACUGAAAACAAUAAGGAUUUUAUGGAAACACCAUUUCAGCUAGGUCCUGCAGGUUGUUAUGCUCUGGAGUUGGCAUUUCAUUCAAGCCAAGCUCCUCUUUUUGUUACAUUUGUACUCAACACUCGAGAUGGUAUCUGGAUAAGGAAUCAUUUGGGGAAGAAUUUCUGUGUGCCAUUGGGCGCUGGUCGAGGAAAUCCAGAUCCUCUUGGAUUUUCAUUAGGAAAUGAUGAAUCUGCCAACUUUGCCCUUUAUUCAAGGACUGCUGAGAAUGUUGUCUUAUGCUUGUACGAUGCCACAAGUACUGAGCCUUCUUUAGAGAUUGACUUGGAUCCUUAUAUAAACCGGACAGGAGAUGUCUGGCACAUUUCAUUGGAAACUCUUGGAGAGUAUACUCGAUAUGGAUAUCGAUGCAAGGGAGAUAUUGAUUGGGACAAAGGGGGUCGGUUUCAUGCCCGACGCAUUCUUUUAGAUCCGUACUCAAAAUUUGUUGCUCCAUUUGUGUUAGGGCAAGACAAGUCUGCAUCUCCUGCAAGUUAUCUUGGUUGGCUGAUUGAAGAACCUUCUUUUAACUGGGACGGAGAUACCCAUCCUUGUCUGCCAUUGGAGAGUCUCGUGAUAUAUCGAUUGAAUGUAGAACUAUUUACUGCAGACAAGUCCAGUGGACUGCAGGGUGACUUGCAGGGAACAUUUUUGGGUCUCAUAGACAAAAUUUACCAUUUAAAGAAUCUUGGUGUGAAUGCGGUUAUGUUAGAACCCAUUUUUGCAUUUGAUAGGAGUCAAGGUCCAUUUUAUCCAUAUAAUUUCUUUGCACCCAUGGAUAUUUACGGUCCAUUAGGAAAUGGAAUAUCAGCAAGCAGUUCCUUGAAAGAAAUGGUUAAAUCAUUUCAUGAAAAUGGCAUUGAGGUAAUACUUGAAGUUGUUUACACUCAUACUGCUGAAAAGGACGAUAGUGCACCUGAAACAAUAUCAUUUCGUGGGAUUGAUAACUCGUCUUAUUACAUACUUGACAAAAGCAAUGAGGAUACCACAGCUGAUUCUACAAAUAAAUUCAAUUGCAACCAUCCAGUAGCUCUAAAACUGAUCUUAGAUAGUCUCCGGCAUUGGGUAAAUGAGUACCAUGUUGAUGGUUUUAGCUUCUCAAAUUCUCAGUCUCUAUUAAAAGGACCACAUGGGGAAAAUUUAAGUCGUCCUCCAUUGAUAGAGGCUAUUACUUUUGAUCCCGUUCUUUCAAAGACUAAGAUUAUUGCAGAUCCAUGCUUGCCCUUUAUCACACCAAGUAAGGAAAUUCUUUUUCCACAUUGGAAGAAGUGGGCAGAAAUGAACUUCAGGUUCCACGAUGAUGUUAGGAAGUUUCUAAGGGGUGACAAAGAUCAACUAAGCAAUUUUGCAACCAGGCUUUGUGGCAGUGGAGAUAUUUUUACUGAUGGUCGAGGUCCUUGUUUUUCCUUGAACUUUAUCACCCGUAACUUUGGCUUAUCUCUUGUUGACCUAGUUAGCUUCAGUGAUACACAUGAAUCCGCCCAAUUAAGUUGGAAUUGUGGUGAAGAAGGUCCAACAAAUAAUCAUUUGAUUCUGGAAACACGACUGAAACAGUUCUGUGAUGAAUGUCAGAUUCGAAAUUUUCUUUUCAUCUUAUUAGUGUCACUGGGAGUGCCUGUUCUGAACAUGGGAGAUGAAUAUGGACAGACAAAGGGAGGCUCAACGCAUCUAAAUGACAGGAAGCCUUUUGAUUGGGAUGCCUUGAAAACUGAAUUUGGUGUGCAAACUACUCGUUUCAUUGGAUUUCUUAAUUCCUUUCGUGCUCGGCGAUGUGAUUUGCUUAAGAGAAAAAGUUUUUUGAAGAUAGAAAAUCUUGAUUGGCAUGGACGUUAUCCAAAUCAACCUCAAUGGGAAGAUCCAAGCAGCUCUUUUAUUGCUGUCAGUAUAAAACCUGAAGAGAACGAAAGUGAACAGAUAUCUACUUCUUGGGACUUGUACAUUGCUUUUAAUUCUCAGCAAUCUCCAGAGAAUGUCACCCUGCCUCAACUUCCAGAUGGAAUUCUGUGGCAUCGUUUGGUUGAUACAAGUCUUCCUUUUCCAGAAACUUUCUCAAGAGAGGCAACAAGUAUGGAUCUGCCACCAAUAAGAUUUACAACUUACGAAAUAAAGCCCCACAGCUGUGUUUUGUUUGAAGCUCGCUCAAAUAAAGAUUAAGAUUGAUCUGAACAUUCUGUCGUGAAAAGGAAAAAGGCAGACGAUAGAAAAUAUGAAAAACACUUUAUACGAAGUGAUUGAUUCAUAUAUGACAUGUUGAGCAUUCAGUUAGAAGGCUUAUUGCCUAUCGUUGAAAGUGAGAUUGUAUUAUACCUGUUUAAUUAUAUCAUGAAAUUGGUUCCAUUUUGCUUUAGUACAUGAUAGAAAACAAAGUACAUAUAUGUAAUCUGUGAAUGCUCUACUUUUUAUAUUUGUAAGAAAAUAAUUCUAUUCUACAAAGCUUUAUGUAUACACAUAGAAAAAGAUUCUAUGUACAGUGAUUCUUAAAAGAAUCAGACGUAGAAAAUUGCUAAUAUUUGAUGUAGCUUUCAACUGGA